AUGAAGUCUCUCACCUCAUUCGUCGCUGUGGCUUUGGCUGCCUGCACCGUUACUGAUGCCCGUGGACUGCACUAUCAACCUGAAGCUCCACUAAAUAUCGAGACAACCAGUGGUCAUCUCUCAGGUUUCAUCAACAAGACCGCCCCGGAUGUUCGCCAAUUCCUUGGAGUUGCCUACGCCGAACCCCCUCUCAAGUCUCUUCGCUUCCAACCUCCCAAGCGAAAGCACAGCUCAGAGCAUAUACCAGCCAAGAAGUACGCGCCGUCAUGCAAGCAAAUCAUCAGCAAGAACCCAACAGUCUACACUGAGCACAUGACUCAGUUUCUUAUCAAUGGCGGCGACUCUGAGGAUUGUUUGUAUCUCAAUGUCUACGCCCCAUUGAAGCCAACUGCAAAGAAACUGCCUGUCUUUAUCUACAUUCCCGGUGGUGGGUUUACAGGCGGUGGGGCAGACUCGCUUUACAAGAUCCCUGACAAGUGGAUUCAGAAGACUCAGUCUCACAUCGUUGUCACCAUGAACUAUCGUGUCAACCUCUUUGGCUUCCCCAACGCUGAAGCUGCGCAGCAAAAUGUUGGCUUGCUCGACCAGCGUAUGGUUGUUGAAUGGACACGUGAUAACGUUGCAGCCUUUGGUGGUGAUCCUCACAAGAUGACUCUCUGGGGCCAGUCUGCUGGUGCUGGCUCAGUUGGCAUGUACGGAUACGCUUACCCCAAGGACCUCAUCGUCCAGGGUUUGAUCUCUGAUUCUGGCGCUCCGGCAAUGCUGGCUAAGGCUUAUGGUAACCACUCCAGCUUCGACACUCUUGCUGAUAAGGUUGGCUGCAAGGGAUUGGAGGGCAAGAAGCAAUUGACCUGCAUGCAAAAGGUUGAUGCUUCAACGUUGCAGAAGGUUUACUCUGAGACACCGACCAUCUCCUUCACUCCCGUUGGAGAUAACAUCACCGCCUUUUCCAACACGACCGACCGGCUAGCGCGAGGUCUGGUCACCAGAGUGCCAUGGAUCUUUGGUAACAAUGCCAACGAAGGUGCUGGAUUCGGCACGUACGAUCCUAACGGUGUGACGCCAGCCCAGACUGCUAUUGGACUGCAGGCUAUCGUCUGCCCAGUUGCUGCUGAGGUCAAAUAUUAUUACACUGGAAAUUUCUCCAACAUUACCCCUCUUCCCUGGAUUGGCGCGACUCAUAGCGCUGAGCUUCCUCUUCUCUUCGGAACGCACUAUGAAUACCGUGGCAACUCCACCGAAUACGAAUGGGAGGUUGCCGAGGGCAUGCAAAGUCUUUGGCUCUCCUUCGCAAACAACCCCAAGAAGAACCCUCAAGUUGGAAAGGUUACUUGGCCAUUGUACAAGCCGAAUGAGAACAAGAUGGCUGUUUUUGCAGAGACUGGAAAGAAGUGGUUCCAGUUAGGCAAAGGGUCUCUGACCGAAACUCAAUGCAAGUAA